AUGGCUUAUAAUAACGAUUCCCAGGACUUCUUGCCGGAUGACUAAGAUGAAUUCGCUAUGAGAAUGCCUGUCAAGAGUCAUUUGUAGAGGUUGGAUCAAUUACUACAAUAGUUAAUGGAGGAGUUGGAUAUGGUGAAAAAGGAGAAGGAGUAAUUGCGCAAUAAUUUAAUUGAGUUGUCUCAAAAGACCUCGGAUUCGUUUGAUGAUGCAAAUAAAUAUCUGAAUGAGGAAUAUCGAAGAUUGAUGCAGGAGUUUCAUGAAUAGAAUGCAUUGCAAUUGGAACAACAUCAAUUUCUGAAAUAAUAGGUCGAUUCAAUAAAUUAGGACAGAAUUAAAUUAUAGCAAAAUACUAUUGUACUUGAGAACAGAGUUUAAGAUGCCGAAAAAGAAUUGGGAUUUGUUUGA